AGGAGGAGGAGGAGGAGGAGGCGGCGGGGGCGGCGGCGAUGGCGCCGCGGUUGCAGCUGGAGAAGGCGGCGUGGCGUUGGACCGAGACGGUGCCGCCCGAGGCGGUGGCGCAGGAGCACAUCGAAGCGGCCUACCGCGUCCGGCUGGAGCCCUGCCAGCGCGGCGCCUGCCGGAGGAACUGCCGGGGGAACCCCAACUGCCUGGUGGGCAUCGGGGAGCACGUCUGGCUGGGCGAGAUAGAUGAGAACAGCUUCCACAACAUCGAUGACCCCAACUGCGAGCGCCGCAAGAAGAACGCGUUCGUGGGCUUAACGAACCUCGGCGCCACGUGCUACGUCAACACUUUCUUGCAGAUGUGGUUUCUUAACUUGGAGCUCCGGCAGGCCCUCUACUUGUGUCCCAGCGCCAACUGCGAGUACGCGGCCGGAGAGGGCAUCCCAAAAGACAAAGACUACGAGCCUCAGACCAUUUGCGAACACCUGCAGUACUUGUUCGCCUUGCUGCAGAACAGCAAAAGGCGAUACAUCGAUCCCUCUGGCUUCGUCAAGGCGCUGGGCUUGGACACGGGGCAGCAGCAGGAUGCCCAGGAGUUUUCAAAGCUCUUCAUGUCACUGCUGGAAGAUACUUUAUCCAAACAAAAAAACCCAGAUGUUCGAAACAUAGUGCAAAAGCAGUUCUGUGGAGAGUACGCCUAUGUCACGGUCUGCAACCAGUGUGGCAGGGAGUCCAAACUCGUGUCUAAAUUCUACGAGCUGGAGUUAAACAUCCAAGGGCACAAGCAGUUGACAGACUGUAUAACGGAAUUUCUUAAGGAAGAAAAAUUAGAAGGGGACAAUCGUUAUUUUUGCGAAACUUGUCAGAGUAAGCAGAACGCCACGAGGAAGAUCAGGCUGCUGAGUCUUCCCUGCACGCUCAACCUGCAGCUGAUGCGUUUCGUGUUUGACAGACAAACUGGCCAUAAGAAAAAGCUCAACACCUACAUCGGCUUCUCCGAGCUGCUUGACAUGGAGCCUUUUAUGGAACAAAAAAAUGGCGUCUACGUGUAUGAACUCAGCGCCGUCCUCAUACACCGGGGCGUGAGCGCCUACUCCGGGCACUACAUCGCCCACGUGAAGGAUCCGCAGACGGGCGAGUGGUACAAGUUCAACGACGAAGACAUAGAAAAGAUGGAGGGGAAGAAACUGCAGUUGGGGAUUGAGGAAGAUCUAGCGGAACCUUCUAAAGCCCAGACUCGUAAACCGAAAUGUGGGAAAGGGACUCACUGCUCCCGCAAUGCUUACAUGCUGGUGUACAGGCUGCAAACCCGGGAGAAAUCUCUGACCGUCGAAGUACCAGCUUUUCUGCAGGAGCUGGUCGAGCGGGAUAACUGCAAGUUUGAGGAGUGGUGCAACGAAAUGGCCGAGAUGCGCAAACAGAGCGUGGCCAGAGGCAAAAUCAAACACGAAGAGGUGAAGGAGCUCUACAAAAGGUUACCUGCUGAAGCUGGUUCCCCGUACGACUUCAUCUCCCUGGAAUGGCUGCAGAAAUGGCUGGAUGAGUCUACUCCUCCGAAGCCUAUAGACAACACAGCCUGCCUGUGCGCGCACGGCAAGCUCCAUCCCGAUAAAAUAUCCAUUAUGAAGAGGAUAUCGGAGUACGUGGCUGAUUUCUUCUACAGGAGAUACGGCGGCGGGCCCCGGCUGAACGUCAAAGCACUUUGCAAGGACUGCGUGGUGGAAAGGUGUCGAAUCCUGCGACUGAAAAACCAGUUAAACGAAGACUACAAAACCGUUACGAACUUGCUGAAGAUAACAGUCAAGGGGAACGACGGGUUUUGGGUGGGAAAGGCGUCCUUGCGCAGCUGGCGUCAGUUGGCUCUGGAGCAAUUAAACGAGCAAGACGAAGACGGGGAGCACAGCAACGGAAAAAUGAAUGGAAACGCACAAAGCAAAGAUGAAUCAAAUGAAGAGAAGAGAGAGGAGGAAGAGGAAUUAAAUUUUAAUGAAGACAUCGUUUGCCCACAUGGUGACCUGUGCAUAUCGGAAAACGAACGGAGGGUGGUUUCGAAGGAAGCCUGGGAAAAACUCAAGCAAUAUUUUCCAAAAGCCCCCGAAUUCCCGAAUAACAGAGAGUGCUGUUCCCAGUGCAAGAUUUUGGAGCGCGAAGGGGAGGAAAACGAAGCCCUGCAUAAGAUGAUGGCCAGCGAGCAAAAGACUUCUCUCCAGAACCUGUUCCACGAUAAAUGCAGACCUUGCCUGGGCAGCUGGCCUCAGGAGACAGAUGAGCUGUAUAUUGUUUCGCAGUUCUUUGUAGAAGAGUGGAGGAAAUUUGUCAGGAGGCCGACGCGCUGCAGCCCCGUCUCCUCGGUAGGAAACAGCGCUCUUCUCUGUCCCCACGGGGGUCUCAUGUUCACCUACGCUUCCAUGACCAAAGAAGACUCCAAACUUAUAGCUCUGAUAUGGCCCAGCGAGUGGGAGAGGAUUCAAAAACUCUUUGUCGUGGAUCACGUCAUCAAAAUCACCCGAACGCAGGCUGCCGGGGCGGACCCCGAGAGCGCACUUUACGUCUCUGAGCCCAAGCUCUGUCCCGAGUGCAGAGAAGGGCUGUUAUGCCAACAGCAGCGGGACUUGCGUGAGUACACCCAAGCCACCAUCUACAUCCAUAAAGUGGUGGAUAACAAAAAGGUAAUGAAGGAUGCUGCUCCGGAGCUGAACGUGAGCAGCUCGGAAGCUGAAGAGGAAAGGGAGGAAAACAAGCCAGAGGGGGAGCAAGACCCAGAUUUUAAUCAGGCCAACGGUGGUGCGAAGCGCCAGAAGAUCUCGCACCAGAACUACAUCGCUUACCAAAAGCAAGGCAUCAGGCGGAGCACCCGGCACCGGAAAGUCAGAGGGGAGAAAGCGCUGCUCGUUUCUGCAAAUCAGACACUCAAAGAGCUAAAAAUACAGAUCAUGCAUGCAUUUUCAGUUGCUCCCUUCGACCAGAAUUUGUCCAUCGACGGGAAGAUCCUGAGCGACGACACCGCCACCCUCGGCAGCCUGGGAGUCAUCCCCGAAUCCGUCAUUUUAUUAAAGGCCGACGAACCCAUUGCGGAUUACGCGGCGAUGGACGACGUUAUGCAAGUUUGUAUGCCCGAAGAAGGAUUUAAAGGGACUGGUUUGCUCGGACACUGAUGGUUUUCGAGGCGCUGGAGCGACCGGAAGGGAAGAGGAUUUUUUGACGCGGUAGGGCAUUAAAAGGAGAACAACAAAAAAAAAAAACACAAACAAACCAACAACCAACAAACAAACCCCAAAAAAAGGUGGAUACAAGACUGAACUCUUUGACUCUUCCAGAAGGCAGAAACCCAUCCUGAAAUAACUGCCCCCCUGCCCCCGCCCUCCCCGUCCCCUCCAAAAAAAAACGAAAAAAUGCCUUAUGUCAAAGCAGAUUGCACUGAAGGACACCUGCCUUCGAGGGAACGUUCCCCGUUUUAUAUUUAAGGAAGCGCCGGGAAGGUUUGGGGAAGUUUUUAGCCGCGGUAGGGAGCGGGGCGGGGGUUUGGGGGCGGAGGGUUUCUCCCGGGGUUGGGGGCGGGGGGGGGGGUUUCCCCGGCUCUGGUCCCCCGCAGAGGGAUUGGGAUGCGUUCCGGGGAAACCGUCCCGCUCUGCUCUCCCCACGCUCCUUAGGCGUAACCUGCCGCCGGAUAAUCCCGGCUCUUCAUCCGCUAUUACUCCUUCAGUACAGCAUGGAAGUAAAAAUCGUUACUCGUGA